CAAAACAGAAGAGUUUUCCAAACAGGACCUCUGGACAUUUUGGAAACAUUUUUACACUUAGCACUUGACAAGUUUGUGUGCUCACAUUACACUGUUAGCUGGGAGCAGGAGGAGAAGAAGGCUGGCACUCUGUUCAUUUCCUCCUGUUUUAUUCUGCUCAGGACUACAGCCAGUGCCAGGAAGCUGCACACGCUGGGUCUUCCUGCACGCAGUCAUCAGCUAUGGAGACUCGCCUCUGUAGAGCCGAACUUGGCUUUCCACAUGAUUACAGGGAACUUGAGAGUGAUGUGCAUCUCAAAGCUGCCAGCUGCCCUCCUCAUCCUCUCUGUGGCACUAAUCCACUUGAAAGCUGCACCUGUGGGAAGUGGUUCCACCCAUCAGAUGGACAAACGGAAGUGCAACACAGCCACAUGCGCCACACAACGCCUGGCAAACUUUUUGGUCCGUUCCAGCAACAACCUUGGUCCUGUCCUGCCACCAACCAACGUGGGAUCGAACACAUAUGGCAAGAGGAAUGUGGCCAAGGUUCCGAACAAAGAAUCCUUGGAUAUCUUACUCCUUUAGAGUCGACACACUUCUGCAUCUCUCAUUAUUUCAUGUAUAAAUACUCUGGUGAUUCCCUGAAUAAUUUAACAGUGCCUUUUUCAAAUUUCCAGUGUGAAUGCACAACAAUGUGCCCAUGCUUGCUGACUGUGUGUGUAAAUUGUCAUUCUAAGAAUUGCUUUAAACUGAGUGCUGA